UGUCACAAGUGUGUCUAGACAAGUUUUUUAGAGCAGUCGACUACUAUGUUUUAUUUAUAGAAUAUUUAGUCUGAGUCUGCAUCUAAUCAAGUGCGUGUUAUUUGUAAUAAGAGUUUUUUGUUGAAAAAAAUGAGAAAAUUUCUUACGCAAAAGGAGUUAGAGUUAGCCUUGGAGGAGGUUGUAAAUGAGCUUGAAAAUGAAGUUGAACAAGUCGACGCUGUCUACAUUCCACCCGAGGUAAAUCAACUAACAGACGAGGAAGAAUUUUCAGAGGACCCGGAAAAUAUCGAAAAUAGCCAGAAUGGAGAUAUAGCGGGAACUUUCGAGAUCCACACCGUUCGAGACGAGAUUUACGAUGAAUCUGACGAAGAAGAUUUGGCAACAAAACGCCGAAAAAUCCUAGAAAGAAAAGCGGUAAGUUACAACCCGACUUGGAGACCUGGAUCAUUCAUACACAAGAAUUUACCUUUAUUUAAAGAAGAAGAACACAUUCAAGAACUUAGGGGCGAAUUGGAGGGUUUGUCACCGUUGGACAUUUUUUUCAAAUUUGUCGAUGAGAAUCUUAUGAAUUUGAUUAUCCAGUUUUCAGAAAAAUACGCACAGGACAAUAACAGACACGAGUUUUAUCUAUCACGAGAAGAACUGCUGAAUUUUCUUGGGAUCCUAAUUUUGUCUGGAUAUCACAGCUUACCCCAGACAGAUAUGUAUUGGUCUUUAGAUGAGGACAAAACUGUGCGUAUUGUCAGAGACUGCAUGAAUAGGAAUAAAUUCAGAUCGAUAAAGCGAAAUCUACACUUAAGUGAUAAUAAUAAUCUGGAUAAAGGAGACAAGUACAUAAAACUCCGCCCUUUUUUUGAUACAAUGAAUGAAAAAUUCUUACAGUUUGGCAUUUUUUCAUUCAACUUAUCUAUUGAUGAGCAAAUGGUUCCUUAUUUUGGACGCCAUUCUUGUAAGAUGUUUAUAAAAGGCAAGCCUGUGCGUUUUGGUUUCAAACUUUGGUGCAUUUGUUCUUAGAGUGGAUACCUCUACAAGUUCAUUCCUUAUGCGGGAGCAGCAGAGAAGAACAGUGAUAUUGGACUUGGUGCGACUGUAGUUCUUGAACUUUUGUCAAUUGUGGAAAAUCCGCAAAAUCAUAACGUCUUUUUUGAUAACUUUUUUCAUCCUAAAAGCUCUUAUCUCAUUUGAAAACCAAAGGCUAUUUUGCCACAGGAACGAUUUGCAAAAACAGAACUAGUCAUUGUCCUUUGGUUGAUAAUAAAGUAAUUUCAUAAAAAGAAAGAGGCACCAUGUGAUUCCCAAUUUAAUGAAUCCACACAAAUUUUAUUGGUAAAAUGGAACGAUAAUUUUAUUGUCACGGCAAUUAGUACCCAUUAUCAUGUAGAACCUCUUACUUCUGCUAAAAGAUAUAAUAGAAAAUCGAAAAAAGAAGUGUCAAUCCCACAACCAGCUGUAAUUUCAAGAUAUAAUAAAUACAUGGAGUAGAUUUGCAUGAUAAUGGCGUGGCAAAUUAUAGAAUCGAUGUGAUGGGUAAGAAAUGUCACAAAUGAAUUUUAAAUCAUUCAUCGCCGUACGCUUAUUAAAAACAAAGAACUUUGUCGCUAGACCACUUCCAUUAGAACCACCCAGUGAAGUGAGGGUUGAUCACUCCGGACAUGUAAUCAGUAGGACUGACUCCUGAAGAAGAUGUCGUGUAUGUAGAAGUCAAACAAUUUAUAUUUGUGAGCGUUGCACUAUUUAUUUACACGCUGACUGUUUUCGGCAAUAUCACUUAACACUAUAGGCCGUUGAUACGUUUACGCAACACCACUUAUUUCAGAAAGUAGCAGAUUUAUUUAUUUUUUGAUUUCACAUAUGUCUGUAAUGUGUUUUCAUAAUUAAAAUAUAUAAUU